AUGCAUCUCUCUGCCACAGCAGCCGCCCUCCUCUGUGUUGUCAGCGCUGCCGCCUUAGGCUUCGGCAUCAUUUUUGCUUUGUUUGCGUUGAUGUACUUCGGCUGCCUCAGGAUCCCAGACGGUGGCGUGGCCAAUGGCAACCGCCGCUGGCUGCGCGAGCGCAAUGCCCCCGAGCAGCUGGGCUCGUCCUCCAGUGGCGAGGCGGCCGCGGUAGAGCGUCAGUGGAAGGGCAUUCCGCUGAACUCGCGGCCGCCGCGCCUGACGCCGGAGCAGGAGAUCCUGCGUGAGAAGGCGAUGGAGAAGUACAAGCGCCGUCGGGCCCGCGAGGAGCGCCGUCGGGCCCACCAGGAGCGCCGCAGUCAGUACCAAGCUGCCCGCGAGGCACGCAUGGCAAGUGUGCGCGAGGGCGCCAGAGAAGGCGCGGUGAGCGAGGACGAGUUUGCCGGCGACUCCUCUGACACCAGUCAAACGACGCUAACGUCUGGGGCGACGACGGUGCGGACGACGUCGACUGUCGCGUACGGGCGCAGCUCCUAUCUCCGGCCCCCCUCAGGUGACUGCACGGUGCAUGUAGACGAGCAUGAUGAUAACGAUGACCGGCGCAGCUCGCGCAGCGGAGGUUCGCGAAGCAGCCGUGGCUCUGCGCGCAGCCGCGCCAGCCAAGGCACAGUCGCCACCAUCAAGUCGUACUUGCGUCACCGCCAGCACCAGCGCCUGCGUCGCCGCGAGGAGCAGCAGCAGCUGGAGCUGUUUAACCAGUGGACAUAUGCGCAGAUGGUAUCCUCCUCGGAGCUGUCGUCUUCCUCAAAGUCUGUCUCUGCGUCGUCACAGCAUGACGGGGAGAGAAGCGCGACUGGUGGAGGCGCUCGUCACCGCACCCGAACGGCCUGUGGCAGUCGCAGUUGCAAUCAUGCGCAUUCGGGCCGCACGGCCAGCGUGGCCAGCUCAGCACCUCGUCCUCUGGAGGACGUGCUCGGUACCGACUGCGAGUCGUACCCAUUCCUUGUGAACGUCGAGCGCGGCAAUCUGGAGGGUUUCAGAGUUGACACGCAGCGCCCAUCGCUGCACCAAUCUGCGCCCACUGCAAACACUAGCAGGUGCGACACGGUAUUCCCCGGUGCGUUUACAUCCUCGAAAGGCACGACAGGUGCAACCUCGCCGCACGUGGCGUCGGCGGAGCACGUCGAAUAUGCCGGCCGUGGUGAAUCCGGGAUGCACGCUGGCGAGCACGUCGACCAUCGGCAGCCGCGCCGCCACAAGCGCACGUGGAAGGAUGUCGAGCACAACGUCGCACUCAGUGGUUUCUUCAAUACCUCUACAAAUAACAACAUGGCCAGCGUAGACACCGCGUCUCGGUCUCACUACAACGAUGGAGAGGCGCCAGCCCCAUCCUUAAGCGCUCCUGAAGAACCGGUGGACCGCUCCUUGGGCCUCCACGAGCCGAUUUGCCAUGAGUGA